CACCACUCACCAUGUCCAACAAGGAGCAGCUUAUCAGCAUGGGCUUUGAGCCCGACCGCAUCGACUGGGCGCUCCGCGCGACCAAGAACGCCGGGCUGCAGCAGGCAAUGGACCACAUCCUGGACAACAGCGCGCGCGACGUGCCCGAGGCCGCGGACGACGCGCCAGAGGAGCCGGCCGACGGCGCCGAGGCCAAGUCUAUCAAGUGCAGCGAGUGCGGCAAGGUGUUCCGCUCGAGCGCGACUGCGUCUUUCCACGCCGAGAAGAGCGGGCACCAGGAGUUUGAGGAGAGCACCGAGGAGAUCAAGCCGCUCACCGAGGAGGAGAAGAAGGCCAAGCUGGACGAUCUGCGCGCCAAGCUCGCGGAGAAGCGCGCGGCCGCGAGCAAGGAGGACGAGAAGGCGCAGCGGGCGAACGAGGCCAUUCGACGCAAGGCGGGCCAGGACACCGGCCGCCUCAAGGAGGAGAUGAAGAUCAAGGAGGCGCAGAAGGACGUUGAGCGGAAGAAGCAGGAGAAGCUCGAGGACGCGCGUGCGCGUGCGGCCAUCAAGGCGCAAAUAGAGUCCGACAAGCGCGAGCGCGCCGCCAAGGCCGCCGCCGAGAAGGCCGCGCGCGAGGGCGUUGCCCAGCCGACUGCCGCCGCCCCAGCCGCGCCAGCGCGCCCUGCCGCCAACAUCAAGAGCAGCGAGAACCCCGAGACGCGGCUGCAGAUCAGGUUGCACGUCGGCGGCGCGCCGCUCGUCAAGACGUUCCCAAGCGAGAGCAAAGCCCUCGUCGACGUCGCAGAGUUUGUCGCGUCCCAGAACCUCGCUUACAGCGUCGACACGGUCAACUUUGCCACCACGUUCCCGCGCAAGAGCUACUCGCGCGACGAGAUGCGCAAGUCGCUCAAGGAUAAUGGGCUCACUCCCAGUGCUGUGCUCAUGGCCAGCGUGUAAAGGCGGCAGGGGGCACAAGUAGGUAGAUACAUGAC